AUGGGUUGUUUUGUAAGCAAACACAGAUCAAACUUACCAUCGAACCAAGCACCAUUGCCAAGAUCACCACCACCACACUUACUAGAAGAAUCAGUCAAAGAAGUCCUCUCCGAGACUCCAAAGCUAAGACCCUCAACUCCAAGAAUCUUGAAGCCUCCAAAAAAGACUCAAUCUUUACAUCAAAAUGAUCAAGAUUUUGAGGGAAUAAACGAGACCCAUUUCAAAAAGAUUCAUAAGCUUGAAAACCCAGAAGAGGUUUCUGAAAUUUCAGAGAUUUAUAGUUCUAUGAGUGAGAGCUUCUCUAGAGAAAAUGAAGAAAUCGGUGAAAUUCGCCGGAAAGUUGAGUCGCCUGAGAAGUUCAAGCGUCGGUCGUAUUCCGGUGAAUUACACGGGAGGAGAGAGAGGGGAGUGGCGAAAUCUCCGGCGAGGAGGCCCGAGCAACCGUCUCCGAAUCGGGUUCGGAUCGUACCCGGAAGAGACAAACGGGUCGAACAGAGUCAUGUGAAGGAAAUGAGGCCCGUUAGAGACGCCGGAGAAAGCUCUCGCCGGAGGUCAAGGUCGCCCGUCAUCCGAAACGACAAUGCCGGGUCAAAACAGAAUCUGGGUCGGAGCCCAUCUGUGAGAAGAACAGGAAAGUCACCGGGUCGGGUCAGAUCCGACUUAUCCGAGAAUUCAAGAAAAAGGGAGGGAAGUAAUAAAGAAGGCAAGUGGCCACCGACAAGCAAUGAGUUGAUCGAAAACCCACUCGUGUCCUUGGAAUGUUUCAUUUUUCUGUAG